AUCUAGAUUAAAUCAAGAUGUCUUCAGGAAAGGCUUUCAUUGGAAAACCAGCCCCUGACUUUACUGCCACGGCUGUUAUGCCAGAUGGACAAUUCAAAGACAUCAAACUCUCUGACUAUAAAGGAAAAUAUGUUGUGUUCUUCUUCUACCCUCUGGACUUCACUUUUGUCUGUCCAACUGAAAUUAUUGCAUACAGUGACAGAGCUGAUGAAUUCAAGAAGAUUAACUGUGAAGUAAUUGGAGCUUCUGUUGACUCUCACUUCUGUCACCUUGCCUGGAUCAACACUCCAAAGAAACAAGGUGGUUUGGGUACUAUGAAAAUCCCAUUGAUUUCUGACACAAAACGUGCCAUUGCCAAAGAAUACGGAGUACUUAAGGAGGAUGAAGGUAUUGCAUACAGGGGUCUGUUCAUCAUUGAUGAGAAGGGAAUCUUGAGGCAGAUAACAAUCAAUGAUCUUCCCGUUGGCCGUUCUGUUGAAGAAACCCUCAGACUUGUCCAGGCCUUCCAGUUUACAGAUAAACAUGGAGAAG